AACGUCCAGGUUAUCACCUUAAAACUGAAGCAAGCCAUUAUAGCGUUAAACAAUCAUAUAGACUUAUGUAGUGUCGUUUUAACAGAUAAUUUUGACAUAAUUGCCUUUUCAAAACCAGACAACGACUUUGCCGUAGAAGAAAUUGAAGAAAUGGAGUCGAACUCAAACACGACAACGGAUGACAAGCAGGUCCAAGCUACUACAUCUGUGGACGCUUUCAACGACAACGUUUUCUCAAAAUCAUGGAACAACAGCGACGUAGUACUACUUGUAGACGGCGAGGAAUUCCAUGUUCAUCGCUCCAUUCUAUCAUUGCAGUCUCCGGUAUUUCAUGCGAUGUUUAACGGUAAUUUCAAGGAUGCAACACAAGACAAGAUCGAGUUAAAAGACGACAUGAACCACAAAGCAAUGUUGCAAUUUCUCAUACUGUUGUAUCCGUCCAACAUGCUUGACGAAGUCAAAGGCAGUGUAUCCAUCACGGAUGAAAAUGUCUUCGAAAUACUUCAACUUGCCGACAAAUACGGGGCCAUCAACAUCAUAAAGCAAUGUAUGAAAGAGGCUGGGCGUCUUAAACCGGAAAAUACGAUGCGUUUACUUCCCUAUGCUGUGCGAAAUGAAUUGCCACUUGAGAAAAUAUAUGAUGUGAUUGCUCGGCACGUCUCGACAGAAAAGCUUGGAAGUUUUGCACCAGAAAUCGGCAAAGAGUCUGUUCACAUAGAAGCAUUAGACAAGAAAUGCCGUCUUUAUGAGGACGUUCUCAAACGAGCGAAUACAGCUAUACAUCACUUGUUGCAAAUACAUCUCGAUUUUAAGACUGGUAGCCGAAGGUUCGAAACCUCUGUCAGGUGCGUUCAACACACACCUCUUGGCGUUCGUGAUUUUGAGAAGGCAAGGAAAUGCGAAAAUUGUUUAAAGAUUUACAAAAGUUGUUUCAUUGAUGAAUAUAUCUAUCCUGUCAGCCGGUCAGGCAUUGGUGGUACGCCUAAACCGCCAACCAAUGAUUCCAAAAGUGCAGAUUUCAUUGAUUUACUUCAAAUUACAGAUGACAUUGCAAUUUCUCUGGAAAAGUGAACGCAAGUGGAAUAGGCAUGCAACAUCCUAUCUACAUUUAAUUUGCAUUGUCACAUGUCAGAACAUGUAAUCAGCAAUGAUCACUUUUUUAUCAGACUAGUUUGUUAAAUCCAGCAAGUGUUAAUUGAAGGGUUAACUGCACCAAUCAAGAUUUUGAAUUGUUCAAGUCUGUAAUCACCUUGAUGAAAGCAAAACUAAGUACAUGACCAGGGUUUAUUGAUGUCAUUAUAUACACAAUUUCACAAAUGACAGUUUUCUAUUAUUGUCAGUGUUCCUGGUCAGAAUAAGUGAAAGUCAGCUUCCUUUUAGACAUUUAAAAACAGCAAUACAGGUGCAAGUAUUCCUUGCAUGCACAUGGUGUUCGAAGUUCAAGGACUAUAUACUCAAAUAUAUUACAUGUUUAUAUUACAAAAAUGUAAUUUCUGUAAAAACUUAAAACUUCAAACAUACAAAUGUAAAUAUUACAUGUCUGCUUGGACAUUUAAGAUAGA